ACUUAUCCAUUGGGAAAAACUUAUUUAGUAAUAAUAUCCAUUAUUUGUUUAAGACUGUCUUCAGCUGCAGAUACUAAGAAAAAUCUUUUUUGUUUUUUGGUUUUUCUCUCUCUCAGAUAUUUCAAUUCAUCAAGUGUAAGUUGAAAAUGGAUACCAUAGAUCAAAACAAGCCCAAGGUGGUGGUGAUUGAUUCUUUGCAAUCAUGGGAAUUCUAUGUAAACCAAGCUUCUACUCAGAAUUCACCUAUUGUUGUUCACUUUACUGCUUCAUGGUGCAUGCCAUCAGUGGCUAUGAUUCCAUAUUUUGAAGAAUUUGCAUCAGAUUAUCCAGAUUUUCUGUUUCUCUCUGUUGAUGUUGAUGAAGUCAAGGAGGUGGCAACCAAGAAUGAUAUAAAGGCAAUGCCAACAUUUUUGUUGCUAAAGGAUGGUGCUCCAUUGGAGAAGAUAGUUGGUGCUAAUCCAGAAGAGAUUAAGAAAAGGAUAGAUGGGUUCGUUCAGUCCACUCGCGCAUCAAUUGCCUAGUACAAACAUCUGUAUGAUAUUUUCCUCUCUUUGCAAAUUGUAAGAAGUGUGUUUGUGGUCCUCAACUAUAGAAUCUUGAUCAAAUAUUUUUCAUUUGUGAUGUUUUAUGUCAAUUCUUCAAGUGUAAUUUUCAAGUUCCAUUAGCUCAAUGCUUAAGUUAAUGGUUACUACUCUCAACAGUUUUUAUGUCAGCAAAAAAUUGUACAUUUUUUAGUUAACAAUGUUGUGGAUUUAUAUUACUCUAUUGUAAGUCAUGUUUAUUGGCCACA